UCACAACAACAGAGCGGGGCAUUGUGGGAAGUGACAGGAGCUUUCGGCGGGUUGUUAAAAUGGCGCCGCUGUAGUGACGGUUAACGGCUGGGGUUGAUGCAGGAGACUGUCUAGGGGCUUCGCUGUUCACCGUGUUCUUCCGGAAUGGCGACACCGGAUCAGAAGUCCCCGAAUGUCUUGCUGCAGAACCUGUGCUGUCGUAUACUUGGCAAGGGGGAAGCGGAUGUAGCCCAGCAGUUCCAAUAUGCAGUACGUGUGAUCGGCAGCAAUUUUGCCCCAACCGUUGAAAGAGAUGAGUUUCUUGUUGCUGAGAAAAUUAAAAAAGAAUUUGUGCGCCAGAGAAGAGAAGCAGAUGGUGCUCUGUUUUCAGAGCUGCAUAGGAAGCUCCAGUCACAAGGAGUGGUGAAAAACAGAUGGGCAAUUCUCUAUCUUUUGCUUAGCCUUAGUGAAGAUCCACGUAAACAACCAAACAAGGUAUCCAGCUAUGCAACACUGUUUGCACAGGCCUUGCCUCGAGAUGCCCAUUCAACACCAUACUACUACGCCAGGCCACAGACCCUCCAACUGAAUUACCAGGACCGCAAUGUUCAGUCGGUGCAGAAUUCGGUUGCUUUGGGCAGUAGUGGGAUUGGCAGUAUUGGAAUGUAUUCUUUAAAUGGGCCAACUCCACCACCACAGUCCUUUGUUCCUGGUCAGUCAUAUCAAACCUCAGCAGUUGGAGAUUCCCUCCGUCAACAAUUGGGUACGCGUCUUGCAUGGACUUUAGCAACUGGACAGCAGCCAGCUUUGCAAAAUCUCACCAACAAGGGCUUUCCAAACACUGUGUCCCGCAAUGUGCCAAGAACCAGGAGGGAAGGAGAGACAAGUGGUUCUGUUGAAAUAACGGAGUCCUCUCUCGUAAGAGAUAUUCUUUAUGUUUUCCAAGGCAUAGAUGGAAAGUGCAUUAAAAUGUGUAAUUCUGAAAACUGCUACAAAGUUGACAGCAAGGUGGCUGUAUCAAAAUCGCUUAAAGAUACCACUGGAAGGCUUGCAGAGUUAGGAUGGCUUCACAAUAAAAUAAGAAAAUACACAGACCAAAGGAGUUUAGACCGAGCUUUUGGACUUGUUGGACAAAGUUUUUGUGCUGCAUUACAUCAGGAACUUAAAGAAUAUUAUCGCCUUCUUUCAGUUCUGCAUUCUCAGUUACAGGCAGAAGAUGAUCAAGGUGUUAACUUGGGACUUGAAAGUAGUUUAACUCUUCGUCGCCUUUUGGUAUGGACGUAUGAUCCCAAAAUUAGAUUGAAAACACUUGCAGCACUUGUUGACUACUGUCAAGGAAGGAAAGGGGGAGAGUUGGCAUCGGCAGUACAUGCAUACAGUAAAACAGGAGACCCAUAUAUGCGUUCCUUGGUGCAGCAUAUUCUUGGUUUAGUGUCACAUCCAAUUGUAAACUUCCUUUACCGCUGGAUUUAUGAUGGAGAGUUGGAAGAUACUUACCAUGAGUUUUUUGUAGCUUCAGAUCCAACAGUAAAGACAGACCGACUUUGGCAUGACAAAUAUACUCUUAGGAAAUCAAUGAUCCCAUCUUUCAUAACCAUGGAUCAGUCUAGAAAGGUUCUUUUGAUUGGGAAGUCUAUUAACUUUCUGCAUCAAGUGUGUCAUGAUCAGACACCUACAGCUAAAAUGAUGGCAGUGGCCAAAACCGCAGAAUCACCAAAGGAUGUUGCAGAUCUUUUCACAGACCUGGAAAAUGCUUUUCAGAGUAAAAUUGAUGCUGCAUAUUUUGAGACCAGCAAAUAUUUACUGGAUGUUCUUAACAAGAAUUACAACUUGCUUGAGCACUUGCAGUCCAUGAGACGUUACCUCCUGCUGGGUCAGGGAGAUUUUAUACGCCAUCUAAUGGACUUACUUAAACCAGAACUUGUUCGUCCAGCAACUACAUUGUACCAACAUAAUCUUACAGGGAUACUUGAAACUGCUGUGAGAGCAACCAAUGCACAGUUUGACAAUCCUGAAAUACUAAAGCGAUUGGAUGUCCGGCUUCUAGAGGUUUCUCCUGGAGACACUGGAUGGGAUGUAUUUAGUUUAGAUUACCAUGUGGAUGGACCUAUAGCCACUGUCUUUACCAGAGAGUGUAUGAGCCAUUAUCUGAGAGUGUUCAACUUUCUUUGGCGUGCAAAGAGGAUGGAAUACAUUCUAACAGACAUUUGGAAAGGACAUAUGUGCAAUGCAAAAUUGUUGAAAAGCAUGCCAGAGCUAUCUGGGGUGCUUCAUCAGUGUCACGUCCUGGCUUCAGAAAUGGUCCAUUUCAUUCAUCAGAUGCAGUAUUACAUCACAUUUGAGGUUCUAGAAUGCUCAUGGGAUGAACUUUGGAACAAAGUGCAGCAAGCACAGGAUUUGGAUCACAUCAUUGCAGCUCAUGAGGUGUUUCUGGAUACAAUAAUUUCUCGCUGUCUACUUGACAGUGAUUCAAGGGCCCUACUAAAUCAACUUCGUGCUGUGUUUGACCAGAUAAUUGAGUUUCAGAAUGCCCAGGAUGCAAUGUAUAGGUCAUCUCUUGAAGAGUUACAACGAAGGUUGCAAUUUGAGGAACGAAAAAAAGAGAGAGAAACAGAGGGAAAGUGGGGAGUUACAGAAGCUGAAGAGGAAGAAGAAAAUAAAAGGGUUUUAGAAUUUCAAGAAUCAAUACCAAAAAUGCGUUCUCAACUACGAAUUCUCACUCAUUUCUAUCAGGGUAUUGUGCAGCAGUUUCUAGUUUUGCUGACUACGAGUACAGAUGAAAGCCUUAGGUUUCUGAGCUUUAGGUUGGACUUCAAUGAACAUUAUAAAGCUAGAGAGCCAAGGCUACGUAUGUCACUGGGUUCUAGAGGAAGACGCAGCUUACACGCCUGAGGAAAAUUGAAUUCUGUGGAGAAGUAGAAAUAACACUAUCCAGGAACACCUAUAUUUUACUUUGGUUCUUGCGGUUUCACUGGAAUAAUCCAUCAUGCAUCAAAUUUCCACAUUUCUGUAAAUGAGCCUUACUACUUACCUUACGCACAGCUGUUUGUGUGUAUGUGUGUAUGUGUAUAUAUAUAUAUAUAUAUAUAUAUAUAUAUAUAUAUAUAAUCACAUACAGGUUUUUUUCUGUUUGCAUUUUUUGUCAAAUAAGGGGCGUACUUAUAAAACAGUGAAUGUGACAUUCCUCCAAACAUCUACUGCAUGUGACUCAAUUACAUCAAUUUAAAAUGGGUGCACCAGGAAGAUACAUCUGUUGUGAAUGUUUGGCAACUGCCACAUUCACGGAUUUAUAAAUAUACACAAGAGAAAUCUGUUUUUUUGUUUUUUUUUUUACUUCUAGCUUUUUCAUGCUUUAGAAGACAUAAUCUAGGUUAUUUCUAAAUUGUAUCCAUCCUCCCCCAUUUUUUUCUAAAUUUAAACAAUCCAACCAAAUGUGCUAUGCUUCGCUUGUAUUUAUCCAGGCUGUCCUUAGAAUUUCAGUGUGUAUACAGCAGAGCUGCAGGAAAUAAAAGCUUUUUUUUUUUUUUUUUUUGUGCAACUGUUUACACUGUAAAUUAUAACAUUGUAUAUUUUUAUGAUGAAAUGUGUUUGUCUUCUACUUUUUUGUUAAUGUUGAAGUAUUAUAUUUGGUUUGAGUAAAGUCUAGAAAGCACAGAAAUAUUUGCCCCCAUCACUUUAAAAGGUACUUAUUUCUGGUUCAUUAGCUUUAGAUUUUAAAACUUAGUGUCACUAAACCCACAUCAUAAAAAAAUAUCAAUAAAUGCUAUAUUAUAUGCUGUUCAUA